AUGGCAUCCUUGGUGGCGUGGCAGCAGCCAGAGUUCUCCUCUGCAUUUAGAGAAACCCUGGAGAAUCCAAAGGUCCAGUGGAAGCCAGGAAGCCUCAGCCAGGUGGUAAGUCCAACAGCCAGGUAUGACAAGAACAACAGCAGCAGGCGUUUUUAUACCGAACUAGUGGAGCAGCUGAAGCUAGGCAGCAUCCGGCUAACAGCUAGUGAGCUGGAGAACCAGGCUGAGCUGGAGGAGGAGAUGAGGCUCAUCAACCAGGUGUUGGAGCUUCAGCACACCUUACAGGAUCACUGCCCUAGUUACAGGAUUACUACCCCUAGUUACAGGAUUACUACCCCUAACCCUAGUUACAGGAUCACUGCCCCUAGUUACAGGAUUACUACCCCUAACCCUAGUUACAGGAUCACUGCCCCUAGUUACAGGAUCACUACCCCUAGUUACAGGAUUACUACCCCUAACCCUAGUUACAGGAUUACUGCCCCUAGUUACAGGAUCACUACCCCUAGUUACAGGAUUACUACCCCUAACCCUAGUUACAGGAUCACUGCCCCUAGUUACAGGAUCACUACCCCUAGUUACAGGAUUACUACCCCUAACCCUAGUUACAGGAUCACUGCCCCUAGUUACAGGAUCACUGCCCCUAGUUACAGGAUCACUGCCCCUAGUUACAGGAUUACUACCCCUAGUUACAGGAUUACUACCCCUAACCCUAGUUACAGGAUCACUGCCCCUAGUUACAGGAUCACUACCCCUAGUUACAGGAUUACUACCCCUAACCCUAGUUACAGGAUCACUGCCCCUAGUUACAGGAUCACUACCCCUAGUUACAGGAUUACUACCCCUAACCCUAGUUACAGGAUCACUGCCCCUAGUUACAGGAUCACUGCCCCUAGUUACAGGAUCACUGCCCCUAGUUACAGGAUUACUACCCCUAGUUACAGGAUUACUACCCCUAACCCUAGUUACAGGAUCACUGCCCCUAGUUACAGGAUUACUACCCUAGUUACAGGAUUACUACCCCUAGUUACAGGAUUACUACCCCUAACCCUAGUUACAGGAUCACUGCUCCUUGUUACAGGAUCACUGCCCCUUGUUACAGGAUCACUGCCCCUAGUUACAGGAUCACUGCCCCUAGUUACAGGAUCACUGCCCCUAGUUACAGGAUCACUGCCCCUAGUUACAGGAUUACUACCCCUAGUUUCAGGAUUACUACCCCUAGUUACAGGAUUACUACCCCUAACCCUAGUUACAGGAUCACUGCUCCUUGUUACAGGAUCACUGCCCCUUGUUACAGGAUCACUGCCCCUAGUUACAGGAUCACUGCCCCUAGUUACAGGAUUACUACCCCUAACCCUAGUUACAGGAUUACUACCCCUAACCCUAGUUACAGGAUUACUACCCCUAACCCUAGUUACAGGAUCACUGCCCCUAGUUACAGGAUCACUGCCCUAGUUACAGGAUCACUACCCCUAGUUACAGGAUUACUACCCCUAACCCUAGUUACAGGAUCACUGCCCCUAGUUACAGGAUCACUGCCCUAGUUACAGGAUCACUACCCCUAAUUACAGGAUUACUACCCCUAACCCUAGUUACAGGAUUACUACCCCUAGUUACAGGAUUACUACCCCUAGUUACAGGAUUACUACCCCUAGUUACAGGAUUACUACUCUAUCUGAAAAACUGAUCUGUUUGGGUUCUAUGAAGAUGAUUUAUGGCAGAGACUCUAAUCUGUACAGAAGGUAUUUUAUGUAAAUCCAGACUGGAGGAGGUCAAUUUAAAUACAUCCAAUGACAAGGUAAUACUGGAUAUCCAUCCAUCCAUUAUCUAUACACCGCUUAAUCCUCACUAGGGUCGCGGGGGGGGGCUGGAGCCUAUCCCAGCUGACUCGGGCGAAGGCAGGGGACACCCUAGACAGGUCGCCAGUCUGUCACAGGGCUACAUAUACAGACAAACAAUCACUCUCACAUUCACACCUACGGGCAAUUUAGAAUAAUCAAUUAACCUCAGCAUAUUUUUGGACUGUGGGAGGAAGCCGGAGUAUAAUACUGGAUAUAUUUUCUUUAUUUGUUACAAAAAAAUAUAAUGUAAUAGGUGCAAUAAGUUACUCCUCUGAGUUUUAGCAGCGGUCUGGUUGAUGAAUGCAGUCAGUUCAUGUUUAACUGGGACCUCAGUCUGGAUCCAAACCACUGGAGCCUCUUCCUCUUAGAUCACAGUCAUCACUGCUUCAGACACUUCAGGUGAUCCUCAUGAAAAAGUCUCUGUAGACAGUCUUUGUCCAGCAGGGGGAGCAGUUUGUUCAGGACUGGACACUGUGGCUUCCUUUAAACUUUAAUGAAAACCUGACAGACAAGAGCAAAGUGAGUGUUAAACAAGACAACCACUGGAAGAGGAUUACAGAUAUCACUGGACCGAUCACUGGACCGACCACUGGUCUUGCUUCUCGGUUCAUCUCUCAGGUGAUCACACAUUAAAUGAGAGCUCCACAGUUCUUGGGUUUUGGAUGUUCUGGAGAACAUUUGGACCUCAGACAGGUUUCAUUCACCAAAUGGAACCCAGCCAGUGGUAAGAAUGAAAGUUAUGUGUUAAUGAACAACCUGAGAAGUUUGAUCAGCCAUCCUGUUAAAGUGCCCAAAUAAUGAGCAGUUUUACCCAGCAUCUGUAUUCCUCUUCUCAUCUGACAGGAGCAGCAUUGGUGACGUAUAAAACUCAGGUAUGAAUUCACCUGUGCUACUCACCUGUCAGUGUGUUAACAAAGAGUGUGUAGGUUAUUAAAGUGUUGGCUGUGGAUUUAUUUAAAGCUCUUCUACAGCCUUUCCUGAAUCAGCAGAGAAAUGACCAAAGGAAAGACUCUCUGACCCACAGUGAUCUUAGUUUCUGUCUCCAUGAUGGCCUCAGUCUGUCCACAAAGUGUAGAAUCAUAUAGAAAAUAAUACAGAAGAACAUCUACAGUGCUUUCUUCUUUCCAAAAACAUCCACUGUAGCUGUACUUCUGGAUCAGUGGUGGCUGACGUUGUUCUGUGCUGUUUAGAGCAUUUAACACAAACAAAAGGCAAAAGCAGUCGGUCGGACCUCACUGAGAACAGCCCAGACGUCGGAGUCGGACCGAACCACCAGGCGAACAGCAGAAACCGGCUGCAGCGCUUCUUCAACCUCCCCUUCAGCUACUCCAUUUUCAAAUUCACCUGAAACACACAACAGUGGCUCAAAAAGCACAAACUAACAACACUUUUACUCUAUUUUCAGAGAACUGAACCCUGUUAAACAGUUUAUUCACUCUUACAGUCUCUGAAUCUGGAAAUAUCUAGUCCUUCUAUUUCUAUACUGACUCUACAUGUCUCUACAGCUGCACCUCUAUGUCUUUAGCUCUAUUUAAGCUGUUAUACUUUUAGAAAUGUUCAGCAGUGAACUGUUUUCGUAGCUGUUAAUAUAACAUGAAGCUAGAUCUGUUUUCAUAGACUGUACACAGCAUUUAUUUCUGUACUUUGCACAUUUCUUACUGGACUAUUUUAAGAAAAAAGCACUGACAGGGUCUCUGCAGUGACAAUAACUCGUCGUGUUCCUUGUUGAAUGUCUGCAGGUGUUUAGAGAUCACUGCAGGAGCAGCUCAUCGGAUGAGCUGAAGCCUAUCAAUGAUGUCAUUUACCAAAGUGUUAGGAGGUUUUAUCGGGUCAACAUUUACCUUUUAACUUGUCAUCAAACAGGCUCCAUCCACACAUCGCUGUUUCAUUAGGAUCACUGAUCUGAACCUUCAGCUGAUCUUACUUGAAGUCUUGACUGAAUAUUUAAUGGUUUCCAGUGAUUCCCACAGUGGAACUUAGGAAUAAUCCAAAAGUCUCUAAUUGUUCGAUAGUGACAUUUACGUUUCUAUGAAUCAACUGUUACUGACGUACUUACCAACGAUGACGAAGCCUUUAUCUGACUCUUUAAAGUGAGAAGACGAAUCCUUGACUAGUUUGUCUCUGACUGACACCUAGAAGAAGAAAACAAACAUCAGGCAGCUGAAACAGACUAAACUAGUCAGAUAUUCUGACUACAGAACAGCAGAAAACACUGAGUUCAUCUGCAGGAGGCUCCAGUAAAGUUCCUCCAACACAAGCUGACAUUAAUCCUGAUUAACGUCCAGCACAUUGACAUUCAGAAACAUGUUUUCAGUCAACAGGACUGAAUGAAGUUCUGUAUGAAGCUAUUUUAGUAUCUGUGGUGACGUCACAAACAAAUCUUUACUGUGGACAAAGUCAAAUGAGAGAAAUGAUGAGCAGCUGGAGAAACUAGCCAACACAGUGAAUGAAAAGGUUCUGUUUCUGUGUUAAAAUAAUUUGUGCUUUUUCAUUUUAGAGCUUUUAAUGUACCUGACCUGAACACACGCGAAUAAAAAGCUCUCAGCACACCUGUUGGAAGAAGAUCUGUGGGAUUCAGAGAGAAGUUCUGUGGAACCAUGACCCCUCCGACCUUCAGUCUGACACUCAGUGACAGCAGAUAUCCUGUUGUUGUGGUGUUUCCUGUCUCCUGUUGCCACUCCUUCUAGAGGCAUCAAUACCUGAGAUGAAAACUAAGCUGCUCGACAAACACACACCGGCAGGUAACUCACACUGCUGGGCAGAACUUCCACUGUUGUGUUGUAGAACUGAUCUCUGCUGGUCUCUGUGUUCCCACUGCGAAACAGGUACCUGUAGACAGAACGACAUACAGGUGUAAAGAAACAGGUAACUAGACAGAACAACAUACAGGUGUAAAGAAAUAGCUACCUGUAGACAGAACGACAUACAGGUGUAAAGAAACAGCUACCUGUAGACGGAACGAAAUACAGGUGUAAAGAAACAGCUACCUGUAGACGGAACGAAAUACAGGUGUAAAGAAACAGCUACCUGUAGACGGAACGAAAUACAGGUGUAAAGAAACAGAUAACUGUAGACAGAACGACAUACAGGUGUAAAGAAUUAGCUACCUGUAGACAGAACAAAAUACAGAUGUAAAGAAACAGGUAACUGUAGACAGAACGACAUACAGGUGUAAAGAAUUAGUUACCUGUAGACAGAACGAAAUACAGAUGUAAAGAAACAGGUAACUGUAGACAGAACGACAUACAGGUGUAAAGAAAUAGCUCCCUGUAGACAGAACAGGUGUAAAGAAACGGCUAUCUGUAGACGGAACGAAAUACAGGUGUAAAGAAACAGAUAACUCUAGACAGAACGACAUACAGGUGUAAAUUAAUAGCUACCUGUGGACAGAACAGGUGUAAUUAUCAGGUGUAAAGAGCUAUGAUGCAGCACAGACUGACAUCAUCCAUAGGAAACUGCAGCACUGACAUGAGUUGUGAAAUGAUGAGCAGAUAUACCACUGUCUACUGGUUCCAUUCUAAGUCUUUUCCAAAUGUCAGUUUCCAUCAAAACGUCAUUCAUGUCACAUUAUAACAGAGAUUAAAACUGCAGCCAAACAAACUAGACUUUCUCAUUUCUCCGCUGUGUAAAAAAUAAAUAAGGGUUCGGGUCCAUUUUAAUAUCCAGCUCCUCCUCUCAGCCACUAGCAGGCAGCACUGAUGCAGAGUGAUGAGUGAAUGUUUGCAUGAUAGCAUGUUAGCAUGAUAGCAAGUUAGCAUGACAGCAUGUUAGCAUGACAACAUGAUAGCAUGCUAGCAUGUUAGCAUGACAGCACGCUAGCAUAAGAACAUGAUAGCAUGUUAGCAUACCACUGUUCACAUUUAGCUCAAAGUCUUCUUUAAACCAUGAAUACAAUGAAUCCAGUUCUGGGGUUUAAUCCACUGGAAAUAAUCAAACAUAAAAAUCAGAACUAUUUUGGUCAGUUUUUAGAUCAGUUAUAUAUCAGGAGAUGUUUUUAGAUGUUUUAAAUGCAGACGUCAGCCCGGUUCCUUCCCCUCAGGAACAGGAGAUGUGAGCAGGGAGGGUUUUAGUGUAUCGUUUAUUCAAAAACACAAGGUGAAGGGAUUUAAAGCGUCCAGCUGGAGCUGCCUCCUUAUUCACUCACGGUUUCCAUACUAUUUACAUGAACACAACACAGGGUUCUCUUUCGUUCUGUGUAAAAGUUUGGUUUUUUUUUUCUUGCUUUUAGUGAAAGUUGAAUUAAAAUUUGCUAAGAAAUUCCCACAAGGAACACAAUGUGGUGUAGAAAUAAAGUCAAAUUUCAAGAUGACUCUAUUAAAUUUUCCCAAAUUAUAGAAACUACUAGAACAGGUAAAAGUACUACGUUGCUUACUGCAGAAUGUUUCAUUUAAGGAAUCUCUGUUUUGUCCUGUCAGCGGAGCACAGUCCUGCAUUCCACCUUAAAUCUACAACAUUCCAUCUAUUGAAUUCUGUUUUAGUUUUGGAUGAGACUCUAGAGUGAAACUAUAUUUCAAGUCAACCGUUUGGAGCCUUUUGUUCUCGUAAAUAUGAAAUAAAAGCUUCACAUUUUUCCCUCUUUAUUUUCAACCAUAACUUAAACACAUCCACUAAUUUCCACCACAAAAAUAUGUCACUUUAAGAACUUCUUUAAAAUUAUUCACGAUAACACAUCUUAAAUCAUUUCUUACAUGAUUCAUACCUGGGAGGUGACCUGAGACUUCAUGUGGAGCUACUAUACUUCAUCUAACAGAAGGUCCAGGGAGGUUAUCACGGCUAGGAGCUAACAACCUUCUGCUGAUAGAGCAGAAUUAUGGACAUCCUUUCCAUUCCUUGAUCUAUUUUUCAUGAAGUUUUUGUAGACUGAUUGGGAUUAAAAACUUCUGGUCUGUGAUAGAAGUUUGUGUCAAACUGACCCAGAUAUGUGGAUUGGUUUUGGGAAGCUGAGGAGGACGUAGUCGCCCUGGACAGGAGUUAAAGCCCAGAAGAAGUCUUCUCCUCUGUAGAGCCGGUCCAGACUGUGCUGCUGGUAGUGCUUCAUGCUGCUGCUCACAUCUGCAGUCGGGUUCUGAUGGGCCUGGUACAGAAUCUGUUUCCCAAAGUCUUUAUCCUGGAGGAGGAACAGAAACAGCAGAACAUCCGCUGAAACCUUCACGCUGGUUCUACUCAUCAGAAGAAACAUCUUAGAUGGUUGAAGAACUGAAAACUAUCCGUCUGCUCAGAAACUAAAUGCCGUCACAUAAUGGAUCCCUUCAUCACGGCCCGCUGCCUCCACGCUUUAAUAAAACAAGUACACAAUAUUCACUUUUAAUACAAAUAUGAUUUACACUUAGUGGGAUUCAAGAAUGAUCAGGACAGUAAAAAAUCCAGAGCCGGGCUAGACUUCCUGUUGAAUCCAGAGUUCAGGAGUGUUUUGUUCAACCACCGGGUCCUUCAGGGAAUCAGGAAUCGGUCGCUGGUUAACUAGUCGGAAUGGUACGAUCACAGGUUGAGAUGCAAAAACCAACUCUGGAUUCAGCCUCAGUGCAGGACUUUCUGACAGAUGACCACGUCUCGGUUUGCACCACAACUUUAUCCCUGCUUUGAAUAAUGACUGAUAACGAGAUAAUGUUCAGCAGAAUGUCGGCUCCUGGAGGAAGACGUCCAGUUUCUCUGUGAAGUAAAGUCCAGAGAGCUGCCGUUCACUUCAUCUACCAGGAAAUCAAAUCAUUUUAACCUGAAUCCACUUUAAAGAGCCAUAAUAUAGAGAAUGUAGUGGAAUAUUUUUGGGUACAAGCUAAAAGUAAGAGAUGAUGUAAGUAUGACAAAUGCUAUUAACCCUCCUGUUGUCCUCAUUUACAGGCAAAAAAAAAAAAAUUGUUUCCUCAUCUGAAAAAAAAUCCCAAAAUUCAGCAAAAAAAUUCCCCAAUUUCUGAAAAUUUGCAAAACCUUCAGGAACAAAAUUCCAAUAAUUCCUUAAAAGUUUCCCUUAAAAGUUUUAUUUUUAAAAAUCCCCCAAAUUUGGCAAGAAAUUUUUGCAAAUAUUUUCAAAAAGUGAAUAAAAAUCUUCCAAAAAAAAUCCUAAAAAUAUCUAAAGUGAUUCCAUAUAUAUCAGUAAAACUUCUAAUAUUUUCUUUAAGAACAUUCACAUAAAAAUCAACCAAAAUCCCGUGAAAUUCGCUGGAUUUUGGUUGAUUUUUAUGUGAAUGUUCUUAAAGAAACAUUUUUAACAUUUCUGUUUUUCCCACCAAAAAAUGUUCAAAAAUUUCCCAAAAAUGUUGAAAAUGUGGACUUUUGAAGUUUCACUGUGAAAAUCUAUAUUUUUCCCACACAUUUUCAAACUUUAAAAUGGGUCAGUUUUGACCCGCAGGACGACGCGAGGGUUAAACUGAAAUAUAUGUACUCAAAACAUAAUAGUGUAAACUGAAGGUAUUGUAACUUUUAACACAUACUGGAAAACUAAAUAAUGAAGGUAAGCUGUGGGGUAAAAAGUGUGACCAUGUCUGGGCUGUUCUCUGUAAAACAUGACCUAAUGAGAACUUAAUGUCUUCUGGUCAGUGAUCUAUGGGUGAAAUAUGAUAACCUGACGCCAUGAUCUGACCAAUAGAUGUAGAAAAGUAUUAUGGUGUUUAAACUGUCUCUCCUAUCAGACGCCCUAUAGGUGGAAAAAUGACCGACGCUCCCAGCAUUAAAGACGGUGCACAGCUCAGUAUCUUCAGUUCUUCUUGGAGUUUAAUCACUGCUAAGAACUACUCCUGCACUUCUGUCGACAAAUAAAUCCUGCUGCCCUCCAAA